AUGGAGCGGGGGCUGCUGCUCCUCGGCGCCGCGCUCGCGCUCGCCCUUGCCCAGGCCGGCGCUUUCCGCAACGAUAAAUGUGGCAGUACUAUAAAAAUUGAAAACCCCGGGUACCUUACAUCUCCUGGUUAUCCUCAUUCUUAUCAUCCAAGUGAAAAAUGUGAAUGGUUGAUUCAGGCUCCCGAACCAUACCAGAGAAUUAUGAUCAACUUCAACCCUCACUUUGAUUUGGAGGACCGAGACUGCAAGUAUGACUAUGUGGAAGUCAUUGAUGGAGAAAAUGAAAAUGGACGUUUAUGGGGAAAGUUCUGUGGAAAGAUUGCCCCUUCUCCCAUAGUGUCUUCAGGGCCAUUUCUUUUCAUCAAAUUUGUCUCUGACUAUGAGACACAUGGUGCAGGAUUUUCCAUACGUUAUGAAAUUUUCAAGAGAGGUCCUGAAUGUUCCCAGAACUACACAAGCCCUAGUGGAGUGAUAAAAUCCCCUGGAUUCCCUGAAAAAUAUCCCAACAGCCUUGAAUGUACUUAUAUUAUCUUCGCACCAAAGAUGUCAGAGAUUAUCCUGGAAUUUGAAAGCUUUGACCUAGAGCUUGACUCAAAUGCUCCUGGAGGCAUGUUCUGUCGCUAUGACCGGCUAGAAAUCUGGGAUGGAUUCCCUGAUGUGGGCCCUCACAUUGGACGUUACUGUGGACAGAAAACACCAGGUCGAGUUCGUUCCUCAUCUGGCAUUCUAUCAAUGGUCUUUUAUACUGACAGUGCGAUAGCCAAAGAAGGCUUCUCAGCAAACUACAGCAUCCUGCAGAGCAGCCUCUCGGAAGAUUUUAAAUGUAUGGAAGCUCUAGGCAUGGAAUCGGGAGAAAUUCAUUCUGACCAAAUCACAGCUUCUUCCCAGUAUAGCACCAACUGGUCUUCAGAGCGCUCCCGCCUGAAUUACCCUGAGAAUGGAUGGACUCCUGGAGAAGAUUCCUAUAGAGAGUGGAUACAGGUGGACUUGGGCCUUCUGCGCUUUGUCACUGCUGUUGGGACACAGGGAGCUAUUUCAAAGGAAACCAAGAAGAAAUACUACGUCACCACUUACAAAAUAGACAUUAGUUCCAAUGGGGAAGACUGGAUCACCAUUAAAGAAGGAAACAAGCCUGUUAUCUUUCAGGGAAACACCAACCCUACAGAUGUUGUAUUUGGAGUUUUCCCCAAACCACUGAUAACUAGAUUUGUCCGAAUUAAACCUCUGACUUGGGAAAAUGGUAUAUCUAUGAGGUUUGAAGUAUAUGGCUGCAAGAUAACAGAUUAUCCUUGCUCUGGAAUGUUGGGCAUGGUGUCUGGACUUAUUUCUGACUCCCAGAUUACAGCCUCAAACCAAGGGGACAGGAACUGGAUGCCUGAAAACAUUCGCCUUGUGACCAGUCGCUCUGGCUGGGUACUGCCACCUGCACCUCAUCCAUACAUAAACGAGUGGCUCCAAGUGGACUUAGGGGAGGAGAAGAUUGUGAGGGGCAUCAUCAUUCAGGGGGGAAAGCACAGAGAAAACAAAGUGUCCAUGAGAAAAUUCAAGAUUGGAUACAGCAACAAUGGCUCAGACUGGAAAAUGAUCAUGGAUGACAGCAAGCGCAAGGCUAAGUCUUUUGAAGGAAACAGCAACUAUGAUACCCCAGAGCUACGAACUUUUCAACCUCUUUCCACACGAUUCAUCAGGAUCUACCCUGAGAGAGCCACUCAUGGUGGACUAGGGCUAAGAAUGGAGCUGCUGGGCUGUGAAGUGGAAGCACCUACAGCUGGACCGACCACUCCCAAUGCGAACCUGGUGGAUGAAUGUGAUGAUGACCAGGCCAACUGCCACAGUGGAACAGGUGAUGACUUCCAGCUCACAGGUGGUACCACUGUGCUGACCACAGAAAAGCCAACCGUACUAGACAGCACCAUACAAUCAGAGUUUCCAACAUAUGGUUUUAACUGUGAAUUUGGCUGGGGAUCUCAUAAGACAUUCUGUCACUGGGAACAUGACAAUCAUGUGCAACUCAAAUGGAGUGUGCUGACCAGCAAAACGGGACCAAUCCAGGAUCACACAGGAGAUGGCAACUUCAUCUACUCCCAAGCUGAUGAAAAUCAGAAAGGCAAAGUGGCUCGUUUGGUGAGCCCCGUGGUUUAUUCCCAGAACUCCGCCCACUGUUUGACCUUCUGGUAUCACAUGUCUGGUUUCCAAGUGGGCACACUAAGAGUCAAGCUGCGCUACCAGAAACCGGAAGAAUAUGACCAGCUGGUCUGGAGAGCCAUUGGGCACCAAGGAGACCACUGGAAGGAAGGACGUGUCCUGCUCCACAAGUCUCUGAAACUUUACCAGGUGAUUUUUGAGGGUGAAAUUGGCAAAGGAAACCUUGGUGGGAUUGCAGUGGAUGACAUUAGUAUUAACAACCACAUUUCACAAGAGGAUUGCGCAAGACAAGCAGAUCUGGAUAAAAAGAAUCCAGAAAAUAAAAUUGACGAAACAGGGAGCACUCCAGGAUAUGAGGGCCUGGGAGAAGGUGAUGAGAACAUCUCCAAGAAGCCAGGCAAUGUGCUGAAGACCUUGGACCCCAUCCUCAUCACCAUCAUAGCCAUGAGCGCCCUGGGUGUCCUCCUGGGUGCUGUCUGUGGGGUCGUGCUGUACUGUGCUUGUUGGCAUAAUGGAAUGUCAGAAAGAAACUUAUCUGCCCUGGAGAACUAUAACUUUGAACUUGUGGAUGGUGUGAAGUUGAAAAAAGACAAACUGAACACACAGAAUACUUAUUCAGAGGCAUGA